AUGAAAUAUUUGCAAUUCAUAUUAAUAUUAGGUUUGACACUUGCUUUAACAACUACAGAAUAGUCAGGAAUUCUGGAUCCUAAUGACUUGAUGUUUUAAUAGGAAGACUAUUAAUCUACUAUCAACGUUAGAGAAGAAUAAAUUGAAACAAAUAAUCAAUAAUGGGUUGCCUAAGAAUUUAUUUAAGAUAACGUAAGCUUUUUUAAAAAAUUAGAAUUCUAAUGAGGUAAUGACUGAAGCUGAAUUAGAACAUGCCUUAAUUACAAAAGAGGACUUAAAUAAUAUUCCUGACAUCUAGAUGGAAACCUAAAACGCACUUUUUUUACAAAAAAGAAAAAAUUGA